AAACAGUUUAUAAUGUACUCUUUAUCCGUUCGGUCGCCGGUCUCCGCAGAAAUAUUUUGAUUUUGUUCUCAAUGUGCGCCAAACCAACUUACUGCAAAAAAGAGCCAAGAGUUGGUUAUGCUACUCUGAGUUUUUCCUGUAUCCUUCUUUUGUGUAUUUGAGACAGUUUUCCUCACCAUUGCAACCGCCGUCGUAUGUGUAGUUUUCUAACACUGUUUUUCCAACGUGACUGAUGCAUAAAGCGAAUUUCCACCAAGAACAAACAAAAAAGAUAUUUUGUGUGAUGAAAAGUUAAUGCAAGUGAUUUUCUUUUGUUCGAGAAUACGCGACUUUCUUUGUCGCGUUUCGAGGCCAAUGAAGGACAACAGAACUAGAACGAAAUGUUAUUUCUAGUGAACCAGGGUAAGCGAAGGUAAAGAGGAUCGUGUUCGGACCUCUUCCAAACUAAUUUCAUGAAGAAAACUGCAGCAUUGAAUUUGUUAUCAAAGAACUGAUAGUUGAUGAAAUAAGUGUGAUUUGAUUUUCCUCUCUUGUAAGCAUGGAUGCUGAAGUUUAAACCUUUUACCAAAGGCAUACCGACAUUGCGUAGAGAAAAAAUCAUGAAAAUGUAAAAAAAAAUCAUUGGCGAAAACGAAACGGACUUGGCAUCAACUUUUUUCGUCUAUCAAAAACGGAAGGGCAGCGGCAGCAAGAAUGGAUUAACAUUCAAUUCGGUUUAUCUUGAGACUGAACUUCGAUUAUUUUCCAACCCGGAAAAAAGAACUUGCGAGAAAAUGUAAAUCGGAUAAGUGGCGACAUUGCGUUGAUUUUUAUUUCUGAGUUGUAUUUUCGGACACAUUUGGACCUUCCAAAAAAAAAGCGAGACCAGUUUGGGCGAUUUUGUUCAGUUUGAAAGUGAAUCAUUUCUGCGAUCAAAAUUAACAUAACUUCGGAAAAGUGAAAAAUUACAUUAAAUUUCAAAACAACUUGUAAAAAUUGUAAAUACAGAAAUAGAUACAGUGCGUAAAUGUUCAGUGUAUCAUAUAAAAGUAAUACUAUUAUACGUUCAUAAAAAUAUUUUGGAUGAAAGAAUCACGUCCUCAUGAUUCCGAUACAGAAAUAAAGGGUUACAAUAAACAAAUAUUUGAAUGGUUCUACACUAUUGAAGAACCACGAAGCAGAACAAGAAAUAAUCGAUUUUGUGUCUGAGGAAGGCAAAUCAGCUGACGACAAGCUCUUGCAAAAAAUGGAGACAGAGGGGGCAUAAUGCAACAUUUUUGUGUGGCAUAAUGUGUCUAAAACCUCUGAAUGGUUGUGAGACAUUUUAUACUGCGGCUGAGCCAUUGUGUCUAAGAAACUACUGAUGUCGAGUUCGACUCAUUUGAAAUAAAAUUAUCUUUUGAGUGCAAUAAAAUAAGAAAAUGAGUCGUUGAACUGAAUACGUCUGGCUAGCUUGAUUCCCCGGUUAUACGAAAAAUCUUCAAUAGCAUAUCAGUACAAAUCCCAACAAUAUGGCUAUCAACUUCUCAGCAUCAUUCGCGGCUUGCCUAGCAGCGGGCCUGAAAGUUCCAAGACAGAUUAUGUACUGCAUUUCUCAAGACACACCCUACGUUCUCUACAAAGAUUCUCAGGAAGUAGCAGAGCGAACAGCUGCUCUCAGCGGUCAAUGGGGCGGUGAAAUCUAUCCGACCUUGCAGCAAAACUCGCAAAACCAUAUUCCACCUCAAACUAAUGGUGCGCAUCAAAUUUCCGUUCCCAGUGGUGCACCACAGCAACAAGCUCAGCAACCUCAACAGCCAACCCCAAAUAGUCCUUCUAACGGCCACCAUGAAGGCAGAUCGCGACAACCGGGCGAACAAGCCAAUGGCCAACUAAACAGUCCAGCAACAAGCCCAUACCCUCAGAAUAACACCGCAGAAAUGGAUGAGCGAAUAAUAAAGGUCCAAAAUAUGCAGCAAAAUGUCCAUCAGCAACAAAAUGGUCAAAUAGGUCAAGUACAGACGAGUGGACAAAUCGACUCACCAUCUCAAAACAUCGAACAUGCAAACCAACAGCCUAAUCAGAACAGUCAAAAUCAACAAAACCAAACAUCCCAAUCUCAGCAACAAAACAAUGCAUCGGGAUCUAACCAACAGCAGUGCUAUCCUGAUUCUGCACAAUCCGAAAUAAAUUAUUACACACAACGUCAUCAUGGGCCCCAGGGAUCUAUGUUACCACCACCUGCAUUCACCCCUCUGCAUCAUUAUUUGAACAAAUCCGGUGUUUUGUCUGGAAUGCCUGCUGGUCUGGAACAAGGAAAUCCCAUAGAGCAAUACGCCAUGCCAGAUCUUAUCCACAGUAACCAAAUUCACCACACAUCAUCCAAUGGAACGCACAAAACCAAAGGAUCUGAUCUCCGGCUCUUCAAAUGCCUAACCUGUGGAAAGGACUUCAAGCAAAAAAGCACUCUUCUUCAACACGAGCGCAUACAUACGGAUUCUAGACCCUACGGGUGCCCAGCUGUUGAGUGCGGCAAGCGGUUCCGUCAACAAUCGCAUCUAACACAGCACCUCAGAAUACAUGCAAACGAAAAACCGUUCGUAUGCCCGUUCUGUCAGCGGGCAUUCCGACAGCGAGCCAUACUGAACCAGCACAUCCGAAUUCACUCAGGUGAUAAGCCGUUCGGUUGUCCGUAUCCAGAAUGUGGAAAAAAAUUCCGUCAAAAGGCCAUUUUGAAUCAACACGUGCGCACCCACCAAGACGUUUCGCCUCAUCUAAUAUUUAAAAAUGGCCCCCACGCCACACUAUGGCCUCAAGAUGUACCGUACCCGCCGGAACAAGAGGGCCAACCGAAGGAUGAACAAGCUUUCGGUGAUGAAGCCUCCCAAGGAACUCCAGAGUCUCGAGGGUGUUUUUCACCAGAAGGUAAUCUUCAGUACCCAUCGUACUUCAAGGAUACGAAAAGUGUGAAUCACUCUAUCUUCGGAAACAAUCUUCCAUAUUUGAACAAAGCUCCGGGAGGUAAAUCCAUGCUGCAGGAUGUGAUUCAGCACGGUCGAUCUGCCGGAAUGCCAUUGUACGUGCGAUGUCCUAUCUGUCAGAAGGAAUUUAAACAGAAAAGCACACUGCUUCAGCAUGGUUGUAUUCAUAUUGAAUCACGACCGUAUCCGUGUCCGGAAUGUGGGAAACGUUUCCGACAGCAGUCGCAUCUUACUCAGCAUCUCAGAAUUCAUACCAACGAGAAACCAUUUGGGUGUCCAUACUGUCCACGCUUCUUCAGACAACGAACGAUACUGAAUCAGCAUAUACGUAUACACACAGGCGAAAAACCAUACAAAUGCGCUCAAUGUGGUAAAGAUUUUCGACAAAAGGCAAUACUCGACCAGCACACUAGAACCCACCAGGUAGGAGACCGGCCCUUUUGUUGUCCCAUGCCAAACUGUCGAAGACGAUUUGCAACCGAGCAGGAAGUAAAAAAACACAUCGACAAUCACAUGAAUCCACAUUCAUCAAAAUCUCGCAAAUUAGCGACAAUGGCUGCGUUGAACAAUAAUAAUAAUAACAAUAACAACAACAAUAAUAAUAACACAAACAACAACAACAACCAUGCUACUGUGGAGCAAAAGGUUUCGCCCGCGUUCUUGAUGGACAAACAAAAUAAUCUCAUACAGCGUAUGGGCCCUGUAAAACACGAACUGUACUUUCCGCAGUGCUACGGUUCACCAUUCAAUCAACCAUUCUUAGCAAGCACAGCAGUUGUAUCUACAAAUCCAAACACAGCCCCCGGCAACACUACCCACGGAACCGUUCCAUCUGGUGUUGUACCGCCUACUUCCUCCACAAGCAGCAGCACAACAGGGCCAAAUGUCAACCAACAGCAUACACAUACAUCCGCGGCGGUAACGGCAGGUCCUACUCCAAUAGCAGCGGUCAUAGCGACCCCGCAAGCAGUAGUCGCCCAGUGACAUCCGCUGGAGGGUCAGUAUCCUCAGUCAACACUACCAACCCACAUUGGCCCGCCGGCUUUGAUAGCGAUUCACCACUGAAAAGAUACGACAUCAAAGCAUGUUCUGUUGGGAGGCCGGUACCUGCGGCCACUUCGUUAAAGUCUAAACCUAGAUCUCCCGAACUGCGGUUUCUGUCAAUGAUAAAAUAAUCUACAGACUAUACACGUAAAAUACGAUCAGAUUCUAGACCAUAAGUGCAGAUUUUUUACUUUCGCGACACGAUAGUAAUCGCAUCAGACCAUUAACGGAAACCACAAUAUGAGCGCUUACACAUCCUCUAGUCCAUGUAGGAAGAUUUUUCUAACCUAGACCACACUCCUGUAUACAUUCAGAAAAUUUCGAUUAAAAUCCAGAAAAAAUAUGCACGCAUUCGGUUGAAUAUUCUAUAAAACAGCUGAACAGUGUUCUACAGUACAGUUUAAAAUCAUAAUUCCUUCUGGCUGAAUUUGAAGCGAGAGCUCACUUCAAAUGGAUCGUUACUCUUAAUUCUUCAGAUCAUAAAUUACCAAUUGCAUACAAAUUAACUCAUGUUCGCGAAAACCCCAUAUUUCCUUUAAAACAAUAAUCUGUCAAACUAUUUUCUAUCGAAAAUCGAUUGAGUAAAAAACGGUCUGAAUCUGAAAACAGAACGAACUUACGUUGAAAUUAAAGGUAUUUCAAUGUGAGGUUUUCGAUAUCCUGUGGAAAACGUCAGAUACUGAAAAUUUUCUCUAGGAAAGUGGGGGUACCCCCUAUUGAAACAUUACUAUAAGUUUCAUGCAUGAUUACCUUCAAUCAAUAGUCUUUCACAUAAAUACAAACAAAUUCACGCAGUAUCCAUUGAAAAAUACAAAAGAGAUCUGGUAUUUCAAAACCCUUAGAUUUUUUUUCAAUGAAAUAUGUUCGGGAUAAAACGUAAAAACAUGAAAAAUUUACAUUUUACAUUAUGGGUAGAUGAGGUAAAACGUACACACAUUCCUUGCUUAUCUCAGAAAAUAACAGAUUUGAAUUAAACGUGGAGACGAUUUUAAUCAUGUAGCCAGUGAAUUUCUGUGCCAAUACAUAGUUUUUAGAAGUUGCGAAACAGAUGAUUUUUAAGGUGUUGGAAUUAAUCUUCCAAUGUCAUAUGCCAUUCGAUUCAGCUCGACGAACUGAGCAAAUGUUUGUGUGUGAGUAUGUGUGUGUGAAUUCUAUGUAUCAAUUAUUUAUCAUGAAGAUAUGUGCUUCUGUGGUUCAGUUGAUUAGCUGACGUCCUUUGUGAUCUAAUGUUUCUCGGUUCAAGUCACGCUGUUGCUAUCGAUCUUUUGUUUUUUAUUUCAUUCAAUUUCAAAUUUUCAAAUCACAAAAUUUUACAUGUUCUUGAAUAUAAAUUUGCGUGAAAUAGGACGCUCCAUUUAUGUGUAUCGUAUAAGAUGUAAAAUCACAAGAUUUGUUCGAACUAAAAAGAAAUCGAAAAUUAUUGAUUUUCUCUCAAAGGAGAUCCGUGUUUUUUUUACCGGAUUACAAAAUGAAAUUUUGCCGCCCUGAUUUUUUAUAUGGUGAUUCUGUAACGCUCUCAUUGGACGUGCUCUGGUAUGACAGUUCGUGUCGUUGUUGAUUUUCAAUUUUGUUUCAAAUGCAUAUUCCAGUUCGUCUGUAACUUGGUUCGAUAUCAUUGUAAAAGAACACGUAUCCACCGGGCGGCGCUAAUCGAGCACACAUAACUUUUUACUAAAUAAAUUGUAUUGACGCUUUAUUUAGUGUAUGUAUGGUCAACUUUCGAUGAAAAUUAGGAUUGCCGCUUUAAUCGACUCAGUCACAGAAGCACAUAAUUGAUACAUACAAACCCAUACAUCAGCACUUGGUAGCCGACUGCAAAUUACACUUGGAGCCAGAGAUCGUCCCGGGUUGGCGGUUCAAUGCAUAGGACGCUGGUCUUACAAGCCAGUUGUCGUAUGUUCGAGCCCCGACCUGGAAGGAUUCUUAGUGUCAGUAGGAUCCAUAGUACUAGCCAUGCAAUGAUUCUGUACACUUAGAAUCGGCUGCGAAGUCUGUUGAAACAGAAAGGCCAAAUUCCACAAAAGGAAUGUAAUGCCAGGACUUUGCUUUGCUUUGCCAGAGAUGUCUAUCUCCUCUGUGCGAUGAAGAGCAAGUAUAAUUUCUCCCCUCGAGCUCCUCUCUUUCACACAUCUACACCACUGUUGUAUAGAGUAUGCACGCAUCAUGAGAGCGCGAGCUUAUUCUCUUUCGGCACUAGCACUGGAUCACACCAAAGUGCUAGUGCAAAGCUCUCAAAUUCUCUGAGGUGCACGCAGAUAUCCUCACCGAAGUGUACAUGCCAGUGAGAACUCUGGUGUACGGUUCGCAUAAGAGAAGCGUGGAUUACGCAUAUACAGCAAUUUAUCGUUAAAAUUUCACUUUUCCUUGCUGUGAAAACGAUUUUCAUAGCAAAACCAGCACUAUCUUCUAUAAAUUAAAAAAAAAAACAAAUCACAGAAGUGGUCUCUCACUAGCACGCACAAGUGAUCACUUGGGUGUAUUUAAGCUAGAUUGCGUGAGAGCGAUUCGUGCGAAGAGAAUGUGAUUCACUCGCGUCAGCUUCUUCAAACACAAUCACACAUUCAAAGUCUGUCUAUUCGAUACUGAGAAUUGAAUUUCUAAUAUCGUAAUAAAUGAAUAAAAUAAUGCUUUGAGUAAAGCGUAUCUGGGUUUCUCUAUUACCAAGUGGCGUAUCUGGGGAGAGGGCAUAUUCCAGUUCGUCUGUAACUUGGUUCGAUAUCAUUGUAAAAGAACACGUAUCCACCGGGCGGCGCUAAUCGAGCACACAUAACUUUUUACUAAAUAAAUUGUAUUGACGCUUUAUUUAGUGUAUGUAUGGUCAACUUUCGAUGAAAAUUAGGAUUGCCGCUUUAAUCGACUCAGUCACAGAAGCACAUAAUUGAUACAUACAAACCCAUACAUCAGCACUUGGUAGCCGACUGCAAAUUACACUUGGAGCCAGAGAUCGUCCCGGGUUGGCGGUUCAAUGCAUAGGACGCUGGUCUUACAAGCCAGUUGUCGUAUGUUCGAGCCCCGACCUGGAAGGAUUCUUAGUGUCAGUAGGAUCCAUAGUACUAGCCAUGCAAUGAUUCUGUACACUUAGAAUCGGCUGCGAAGUCUGUUGAAACAGAAAGGCCAAAUUCCACAAAAGGAAUGUAAUGCCAGGACUUUGCUUUGCUUUGCCAGAGAUGUCUAUCUCCUCUGUGCGAUGAAGAGCAAGUAUAAUUUCUCCCCUCGAGCUCCUCUCUUUCACACAUCUACACCACUGUUGUAUAGAGUAUGCACGCAUCAUGAGAGCGCGAGUUUAUUCUCUUUCGGCACUAGCACUGGAUCACACCAAAGUGCUAGUGCAAAGCUCUCAAAUUCUCUGAGGUGCACGCAGAUAUCCUCACCGAAGUGUACAUGCCAGUGAGAACUCUGGUGUACGGUUCGCAUAAGAGAAGCGUGGAUUACGCAUAUACAGCAAUUUAUCGUUAAAAUUUCACUUUUCCUUGCUGUGAAAACGAUUUUCAUAGCAAAACCAGCACUAUCUUCUAUAAAUUAAAAAAAAAACAAAUCACAGAAGUGGUCUCUCACUAGCACGCACAAGUGAUCACUUGGGUGUAUUUAAGCUAGAUUGCGUGAGAGCGAUUCGUGCGAAGAGAAUGUGAUUCACUCGCGUCAGCUUCUUCAAACACAAUCACACAUUCAAAGUCUGUCUAUUCGAUACUGAGAAGAAGUGUGCUCUCCUUUUUGUGUGGUGUUCGCUAGCUGCAUUCCCAGUAUAUACAUAAAUCUUACACCAGCGUGUAUCACUCUAGUGAAAUGCCAUCACUGCUAGGAGCCUGUAAAAUUCCGCACGACUGGAAGUUUCCGUCAUUUGGCAAAUUAAGUUGCUAUGAAUUGCAUAGCUUGUAGAUUUAUGUCACCUGUAAAAAUCAUAAUUUUUUUUCUGUGUGCUUUGACAUACGUUCCAAAGUAUCCAAAUUCAUAUUGAAAGAAGAAGCAUAACAUUUCAGUACAUCCUGUGAUUGACAUUUCAGUUAUCAAAUUCUACUGUUCAUCUAUAAUUUUGAACUAACUUCAAGAGCAACUAAUAACGAUUUAACUAAGUUUUAAUUGACAGAGCUACGAAUGAAGAACUGAGUGCCGCCCGUUCAGUGCGUCCGUGCAGUAUACACCCAAGUAGCAAUUAGAACUUGUUAAAAUUGGCAUGUUUCACCAUUGCUACAGAACGGUUAUUUUUGUUGGAUAUGUAAGACAAGUGAUUUCAUGUGUUUUUGUAACCAAUGUUAAAAUCAUUCAUAUUACUGCUUGUGUAACUAACUCAAAAACCUGAAAGGAUUAUGUUCCAGAUCAGUUUUAUUACCUGACUGUAUAAUAUGUUCAUUUGAACAGUUUCAUAUCCAGUUUCUCUCAACAAAUAUAACUGAAACAUAUGAAACAUUUCAAACAAGAAACUUGUUGCACAUCAUACAAGAAAAGUGCGCUUUUCUUAUCACACAAUCGUUGCGAGAGUAGUUAAGAAAUACAAUACAAAAACAAUGUUUGCUACUUGGGCAUUCAGUUUCAAUUGAACGAAAUGAAAAUAUACGGCACUUGGAAUACUUGAUAACAGCUGAUGCGGACGUAUUGAGCUCAUCUCAAUUCCUGUAAAAAUCUCAACGAUUGAGCACGUCGUCUUGUAUCAGGGCGGAGAUAAUUUGAACAUUUCGCGAAGAUAAAAAAAUAAUUUUUGUCCGUACAUUGACAACUAGAUGCUGCAACACAACAAAGUAGAAAGAAAAUCAAUUGGACUAUAAAUGAAAAUUAACUAGUAAUGUCGACCAAGUUGCUCAGCCAAUCGGGAACCAGAAGAGCUCACCUCAACCACGACUAAAAUGAUCAAUUAGUACAUAAAGCAACGGAAGUGUGCUAGACUAACCAAUUUCAAUUCACGAAGAGAGACAUGACAGAAAUAGAAACCAAAGACUGAUUCGGCUAGAGAUGCGCUUUUCCGUUUUGAAUUGUACGUAUACGAAAAAAAAACUUUGAAAGAUCGUAAAAAAUUUGCACUUAGGUAAAAAUAAAUUUAUUUAAGUGCGAAGUUGUUACAGAAAAAAAGUAAAUUUAAGUCAUGGACAUGUACACUAACCUUUUAUUUUCGAAGCUAGUGUUUGAAGCAUUUUAUUGUAUGUUUACCUUUGAAAGGAAAAUUGAAUAAUAUUACAUAUUACUAAAAUAAAGGCUCGAACCGUAUUCUAUACAUGUAUGGAAAGCAGUUGUUACCAGUACGAUAAAUGCCAAAUUUAUGAAGUAACAAAGUUUUGAUUUUAUCAAACUGUAAACUUAGCUGGUCCCAAUAUAAAUUAUGCUCGAACCACUCCUGGGCAAUUUGAGAUAAUUAUAACGUUUAAGACAAAAGAGUGCCUAGCUGUUGUACAUUAGGAAUUUUCCACCCGUUUCCUUACUAGUAUGAAACACGAAUGUAAAUUCCACUUUAAAGUCCAAACAAAAGAAAAACAACCGACAUGAAAUAUACCUCUACAAUAAAACGAAAAAUAAAUGACAGAAUACUACUGUAAAUGAAAAACAAUGCUAAUUAAACAUAGAGCGACCGAAGCAACAAAACAUAGAUAUAUAACUUCCACAACAACAAAACAGAUGGUGCUAUUUUUAUUAAACUUUUUUAACAGUGGAAAUUUAAUUAAGUACUUAACAGAACAGAAAUAGUUAAUUAAUAAUUAAAAUCGAUCGCAUAAACGAAACAAUAGAGUAAUACAAUCCAAGCAAACAACAAGCAAGCGAACAAUAGGAGAAUUAAGUUUUACAAACUCAUACACACCAACCAACAAUAGCUAAAACAGUAAACAAACUAGAACAAUAUGAAAUGGAACACUAAUUGUUAUAUCUAUAUUACAGUUAAAUCCAGCCAACAAUGGAGAAAUGCAUAGUCAGAACAUUAUUGAAAACAGGAACAGAAACUACAAUCAAAUAUUUACCCACAAUUUCAUUUUUUAACUCGCAUAUACAAAUCAGAUUAUAAGAUGGCAAACAAACGUCAUUGUAAUAUAUGGAUUUUUCUUAGACUUUUUUUUACAGAAAGCGCUUGUUUCAUGUGCCACAGAAAAACAUUUUAUUUACGCUAACUGAAUCGUUUCUACUCAUACUCGCAAACUGCACGCAUACUAGCCGGUAUUAACGUUACCGGGCGUCGGAAACAAUUAUUUACAGGUGAUAACUACUGCGAACAUACGUCUUCAAACCAAUUAAUGGUAAGCCAAUGUAAUAGAAACAAACAACCUCACAUACAUACACACAGCAGGACGCAUAGUGGUAUUUGCUUUCGGUGCGCUCAAUCACACACAUACUUGAGUGUAUUCCGUAACUCGAAGGAAACGGUUGGCGAAUUAUAGUUUGUAAGAAAAUAGUCUUGCCAUAGGAAACAACAUUUAAUCUUAUUGAGCAUAAAAUAAGAAUUUACAAACAAGUAAUGAAAUAUUUUUUUGUAAACAUUGCAACAUAUUGAUCUAUUCAAAAAUCAUGACAGGAACAAAGAGAAUAAAGCAUCAGAUUAACGUAAAUCCGUUGCAUAUUGAAUUCCUUCUGCCAUAGCAUGGAACGAAAUUACAUAUCUUUUAUUUUACUACUAGAAGUACAUCCGUUACUUAACUUGUAUAAUAAAAAGAAUCUUAAAAGGAUAUAGAAAGAUAAAAAGAUAGUAUACAAAUGAAAUGGAUUGACUAAACAGAAAAUUUUGAGUAUUCUCACAUUUUCAACCAAGUUGAUUUACUUUACUUAAUUUUCUUGCUCGCAUUAAAAGACGCCAGGCAAAAUAACACGAAAAACGAACCCGAAUUCGAAUGAUGAAAAAAGACUAAAGACUCGUGAUAUCUGACUUUUAGGCCAAUUUAAAAAUAUGUACUUCUAGAAAGCCAAGGAUUAUCAUCUUAGCGAACGUACGGAUGAACUGCGGAACAAGGCCGCAUAAUCUAAUAUGGACUGAGUGUAACAUAUUUCCCAAGAAACUUUUUUAUGUUUCAUUUUAUUUACAUUCUAAAAUCUCCCCAAAUCAUUGCUAGAAAUUAGACGUAAUGUCAAAAAUAAAAACUAAAUCUGUGAUAAGAAAAUGCUCUAAAUUAAUGUUUUAAUUUAACGUCUCGGAUUACUGUUUUUAAAGAUUAGUUAUAGUUUUCGUUGAUGUUGUAAACAAAACAAGAAACAUUUUAGGACAAAUUUAUAUAUACCAAAAAAAUGUAUCGCGAGUCAGAAAAAUAGUAUUUUGGAACGACCAACACUGUUUAGGAAAAGUUUAGGCAUAAAAAGCAAAGAAAAUACUUAUCAAGUCAAAUGCAUUUGUUCCCUAGGUUGAUCGACAUUUUUUUUCUUUUUGUAUUAUAACAGAAUUUUUCCUUCUGCACUAGAACGGCACGUGCCAUAGAAUAAUAAAAAAUUUGGUUUUUCAUAUAUGUAAUUGAUUUACAGUGCAAAAUGCAUAUAUAACGUUUUGUUAUGCAAUAAACAUAAUCUAAUCAUAAGUAUAACGAAAUCUCUAAUUCUAAGCAAUACAUUUGUAUGCCCCUUAGAGAUGAAGAUAUAUAAGAAUAAAGCAAAGCAUAAUUAUUCUUUUUGGAUGAAA